CAUAUAGCCACACUGGUGCAAGAGUUCCACACUGACGUCUGAACACUUGCAGCACAUAGGCAAGUCUGCCAGCAAGUCUGCUGUCACUGUCGCAUCAACUUCAGAGUCACCGAGAUGGUCUCUGCAAUACUGCUGGUGGUGCUCGUGGCCCUGCCCGGUUGUCACUCUAAGAUACCUCGUGAUCUUCCUUCGCAUGUUAGUCCUGCCUCCGGACGGUCAAACUGUAGUGAAGCUGAGGGAAGACGAUGUGUUCGAAAAACAGAAAGCUGUGAGGUUUUGCUUGACCAAUAUAGUGGAAAUGGCAAGUCUGAUAAUUGCAUCUGUUGUGCCGUCUGUGACUCCCCUAACGAAUGCACCGGCACUUUAAGAGAAGCUUGUAAUGUAGAUGAAUUCCUUGUGAGCGACCAUGGGACAUUCUGCAAAUGCUGUCAGCCCUGUGUAGCUGUUGACUGCAAUGGCCGGUGUGUGAGCGACAGCAGCCUUUGCAACGUUAACGAGUAUGUUGAUGGGACCUGUACUGGAAGCAGCUGCGCCUGCUGUGUAGCUUGUGGUUCUCCAGACGAUCAGUGUGCAGGAGCAGGAGGGAUCUGUGUCGCUGCUGGGAAUGACUGUCCAUGUGGCACUUGGAUCAAUCCUGACUUUGGGUGUAGUGGAGACCAAAACUGCAAAUGCUGUGUUGCUUGCACGCCUUCAAGCGCUUGCUCCGGAGGUCACAAUCCUGGAAGGUGCGUGACCAACUCGUCCUUCUGCAACGGGAAAAAUGAAUACAUUCUUAACGAUGGGUGUUAUAGUAAUAGUACUUUUGAGUGUUCGUGCUGCAAGACCUGCACACCUGAUCUGUUAUGUGCUAAUGAAAAUGGCGUGUGCUACAACAAGAUUAAACAUACGCAGUGUCCAAGUGGAUUUAGGAAGAGUCUAUUCGGUGGAGCCUGCUGUAGUGAUGAAUGCAUCUGUUGUAUUCGGGAUGAGUGUAGUAGGACGUCAACAGACUGCAAAGGAUAUGGUGCAUUAUGCUUACCUCAGGAAAGAAAUUGCUGGCAUUACGAGACAAAUGAUUACUGCCCUGACAAUGAAAAGUGUUGCAAGUAUUGCUAUCCUGACGAGACAUGCUCUUCGGAGGGCGGAAUCUGCAUACACCAAAGUGACGGCGGUUGCAUAGGCGGUUUUAUCAAGAGUUUGACUGGAUCUUGUUGUCACCAUCCUGAUGAGUGUAUAUGCUGUGUUCCGGACACUUCCAAUGCUUGUUUGUAUGACAACUGCUUCGCCAAUGGCACUCCUGCAUACCCAGCGAAUGCUGUUACCUUUAAUUAUUAUGCUUCGUACCAAAUUUAUGAUAGCUGUGGAGCUAUAUGCACCAAGUUUUGCAAGCCAGACGCACAAUGUUGCAAUGAAGGAGGGGUAUGCUAUUCGUAUGGGUGUCCCCUGGGCUAUGAAGUAUCAAACACAGGAAAUUGCACUGACGAUCCAAAAUGUUAUUGCUGUGUUUAUUCCCAACGCUGAAGCGUGACCACAACUCCCGGAUGAUACAGCCGCGUCCUGACUAGCGAUCAACAUACCACUACACUUUUUGUUUUCCUUAUCUGUUCCUUUUUAUUUUUUGCACAUGUAGCACCCUGAAUUAAACCAGAAAAUCUUAUAAA